UACCUGUCAUGUUGGGGGAGUCUCCUCUUCUCAAGUGGACUCGACGCAUCGGGGAUUCCUCAUCAGACUCGGUUGUGUGCAGGUAGACAGAGAACAGGGAAAACACACACACACGCCCGCCAUCAUGUUCACAGGGAUGCGGACGGAGAACCGGGGGGAAAAGGGGGUCCUGGAUGCAGCGACUCUGAGGCAGCAGAGGAGGCUGAAGCAGGCGAUCCAGUUCCUCCAUAAGGACUCAGCUGAUCUGCUUCCUUUGGAUGGACUGAAGAAACUCGGAACUUCCAAGCAGGGGCAGCCACAUAAUAUUCUCCAGAAGCGCCUACUGGAGGCGAAGCUGUCCCGGGGAAGGAUAAACAUGUGUGGAGUGACGCCAAAUAACACAGAAGUUCAUCUGAGUUGUCAUCAUUUAAAUUCACACGAGGAUGAGGAGGAAGACUUCAUCUUUGUACCCUGCAAGUGUUUAGGACAGGAAGCUCAUUUACUGAUUGACACAGGUUGCAAGCUGAAUCUGAUGUCCUCUGUGACUGUGGAGAGAUUUGGUUUGAAAGAACUGGUCGAAGAGGUCAAAAUGGAGACCGAUGGCUUUCCAUUUCAGCGUAGGCUCUGCAUCGAUGGUCACAUCAAGGAGCUCUGCCUGACCAUCGGACAAAUCAGGAUAACGUGUUCAUUUGCCAUAGUGGAAAGUAACAAGGCCCUCAUGUCCGUGGGCAGCAAGACUUUAAAGACACUCAAGUGUGUAAUUGAUACAGAAAAGCAGAUCAUGGUGAUUGGGACGUCUGUGAGGGAGCAAAUUCAAUUUGCCAAAAAAACCAUGCAGUGAAAGUUCCACAGACUUCAGAGACCCGGGUUACUAAUCUUCUUGCUCACAAAUAAACCCACACUGACCAAAAGCAAUAGGAACAUUUACUCCUACAACCAGAUGCCUCAUUGCAGAACUUCCAAUUUCUGACGUCACACACUCUCAGUUUCUCGCUGCCAGUUUAGAAAUCCCGAUGCUCCACGGUGACUUCACUGAUUUUUAAAAUAACAUAAAAAGGCAGCCAUUCACAACUGCAGCUGCUCAUACUUACAGGUUAAAAUGUAGCAUUCUUGUAGCAGUGUAUGAGUCUUGUGUUAGCAGUCGCUGCAGUAGUACGUGCUGUGCAGGUAGAUAAGAGAAGCUGUGAUCUUUAAGAUUCUGAUACGAGUCUGAUUUUUAGCUCUUUAUAAUAUCCUACAAAUUAGUACUGUGCUGCCAGAUAUAAUAUUCUACAGCUGUGGAGAACAAAUUUUAGUUUGUGUAGAUAAGAAGCUCAGCACAAUCUAUUAAAUACAGAUUAGGUGUUUAUCUACUAUAUUUGAUAAUGUUGUAAGUGUGUUUUCUAGUUGAAACAUGUAUUUGAAUUGAGGUCACUGCCUUUUGAUGUUUACAGAGUUUUAGUGACACUUGUGACAGGUUUUAUCACGCAACUGCAGCAAAA